UCCGUUUCCUCUUCGUCACCCAGAACUGAAUCGGUUUACACUCGGAGGCUAAAAAUGAAAACACUGAUACCAGCUGAGGAUCCACCAGCGAACCAUUUAACCUGCUUAUUAUAACCUGCCUCUCUGAACCCGAUAAACCUGCAGGUUUCCGCCUCCUGUGUGGACCAAUAUGAUCCAGCUGUGUGUGUCUGCAUCCAGCGGAGUGAGUUUUCAAAGUGCGCAGAUGGUCUUAUGUCGGUAGCUAACGCUAGCUCUGCAAAGCUGCUAUCUGUGGCCCCGCUGGCUCUUUAUCUCACUGGACAGGUACUUUGCAAUAAGCUAAGACUCAGCACCAUGAAUCUGUUCCGCCUGGUGUGCCGUCACAAGACAGCUUUGGUCAUCGGCACUGUUAGCAGUUUUGCUGUUGUCCUCGUCUUUUUGGCCAAAUGUACGUCAGAAACCCUGAAACAGGGUCACCCGGAUCCUCCAGGCCUGGCCCCCCGACCCAAUGCUUUGCAGUCCCAUCCAGAGCAGCAUAAUCCCCCGUCCAUGUCCAAAGACCUGUCUGCCUUCCUCGUGGUCCUCGUCACAACAGGGCCUAAGUACACAGAACGCAGGAGUAUUAUCCGCAGCACCUGGCUUGCCAAGCGGGACUCUGAUGUUUUGGCUAUGUUUGUUGUAGGAACUCAGGGUCUUUCCAGCGAGGACCUUCAGAAUCUUAACACAGAACAGGGGCGGCACAAGGACUUGCUCUUACUGCCUGAUUUGCGAGAUUCCUAUGAGAACUUAACACUCAAGCUGUUGCACAUGUACUCCUGGCUGGACCAGAAUGUAGAGUUCAAGUUUGUCCUGAAAGCAGAUGACGACACAUUUGCUCGCUUGGACCUCCUGAAAGAGGAGCUGAAAGCGAAAGAGCCCAGCCGGUUGUACUGGGGCUUCUUCUCAGGGAGAGGUCGAGUGAAAGCAGCUGGGAAGUGGCGCGAAAGCUCCUGGGAGCUCUGUGACUACUACCUGCCCUAUGCACUGGGUGGCGGCUACAUCCUCUCAGCGGACCUAGUACAGUACGUGCAUCUUAAUGCAGGCUACUUCAAGACGUGGCAGAGUGAGGAUGUGUCACUGGGCGCUUGGCUGGCACCAGUAGACGUUCGGCGGACACAUGACCCACGCUUUGACACAGAAUAUAAAUCGCGUGGUUGCAACAACAAAUACUUGGUGACACAUAAGCAGAGUUUGGAGGACAUGUUGGAGAAACAUCAGACGCUGCAGCGCGACGGCAGGCUCUGCAAGGAGGAAGUCAAGCUGCGAUUGUCCUAUGUGUAUGACUGGAGUGUGCCACCCUCACAGUGCUGCCAAAGAAAAGAUGGGAUUCCAUAAUUAUUUUCUUUUUCAACAAGGCUGAAGGUUGCAUUCAUCUUAUAUAUUCAUGUUGUCCGAGUCAGGAAUGUUGUAGGAUCUAUUUUUUCCCACCAAAUCUCCAUUGUUAAAGCAUUUUAAGUUGUGUAACUGGUAUUAGACAUUAUAGAAAAAGCUUUAAUAUUGUCAAAAAUCACAUUUACAUUUUUUUAAAGCCAUUGUUACAUUUGUGUAGACAAAAAAGGGAGCAAUUUCAUGUUCUUCUCGGUUAAAGCAGCAGAAGUUGCCUUAUGUGCAAAUUCUUUCCACAUACUUUAAAAUUUUAGGAAGUCUUAAAAAGUGUCAUGUUCAUUUAGUUGGGGUUUUGCAAGUUAUAGUAGCAAAUUGUGAGCUAGAUGUUGUCGCAUUUGGUUUGCAGGGAGAAAAAGCCAUGAAAUUGCCUUUUUUUAGUUUGUAAAUAGAAGCCCAUUUUCACAUAUGUGAAACAGAAUGUUUGAGGUCUAGACUAAGAAGUCCAAGUACAUUUUUUCCUCUUAUUCUAGACCUGGCUCAAUUGGGUAUAAAAACAUUAUGGAAGAUAUGGUUACAAACCCAGCUUUUAUUAUGAUGUCAAGUACCAAUUUUACAACUUGAAGUUGUAUAACAGAGACAUGACCAAGAAAUAUUACCCCUCAACUCUUGAAUUGCAAGUCAGCUUCAGUCCUACUUCGUUUUUGACCCAUGAGCUCCGUUCGCCUUGCUAUCGCUGCUCUCCUCAGUCAUUGGUUUACCACUUUGGUGGCCUACUUCUCUCCUCUAUACUUAAUCUGCUGUACCUCCUGCUAAAUGUUUUCCAACACUAUGCGAUAUGUUUUUAGCUUAUUUCAGUGUUGUAGAUAGUACAGGGGAACCGCAGAUGGGAGACUCUAACCCUUGCCAUGAUGUCUACACUAUUUUUGUGAAAGUAUUUUUUUUUCUAUUUUAUUUAUUGUUAAUUUAUUCUGCAGCAAACACAAGACACUGGUAUUAAGUGUGUACAGUAUAGUGGUUGCUGCUGGUGGGUACAGUUUGUAUUUAUAUACAUGUUGGAUGAAAUUUGUCUAAUUCACAGAAUUAAUGGACAAGAAAUGUUGACUUUUUAAAUGCAACCCUUUUGUUUACAUUUAGUGGUGUGCAAGGUUUCAAAUGUUUGGAGGCGCAAAGAAUGUGAUGGAGAAAACGGUUGAAUGUGUAUUAUUUAACAGGCCUUCUUAUUCCUUUUACUGGAACCUAUGCGACGAGGCUUUAUGGUUCUCGUAUUUCCAAUACAACAGCCACACUUUAAAUUUGAGGUCAGAACAUUUACUUUACAGAGAUAUCAAGUUAAUUGUGAAUGUUGCAGCACGCAACAUAAUGAGAAACUUGAUAUACACUACCAGCUGGCACUUGGUCACUUUUUUCAAGCGAGAAAACUAAUUUUGAAUUCCCUCAAUCAUUAUUCAUUGAUGAUUUGUUUUCUUUGAUGUUGAGGCUCUCCAACCCAAAUUCAUCCCCAGCCAUGUCCCAAAACUUGUGAAAUUUGUGCAACAGCAUUGAUUAAAGGGCACGAUAUGGUGGAGCGCUAAAUAAUCGAGGAUUGCUACAAAAAGAGUUUUUUUGUGGAUAAUGACAUGAAUCUUAUCUCACUGUUGUCUAUAUCAGAUUCUGGUUCAAUGCAACUUAAGUUUCUGUGAUUGUUUUUACAUACCUGGUCUGCCACCCUGGAUGUUUUAUUAAAUAUUUUAAAUGUA